AUUCCCAUUUCACCACCCAACGACGCAUCCGAGAAAAACGUUCAGCUUCAAUACUCACAAAGGGUUCAAUUGUCAUUUCCAAUGGAGGCUGCCGCUAAACCGAAGAAGGGCGCCGCGGGGAGGAAGGGCGGCGGCCCCAAGAAGAAGCCGAUCUCCCGCUCCGUUAGAGCCGGCCUCCAGUUUCCCGUCGGCAGAAUUGGCCGUUACUUGAAGAAAGGUCGCUACGCGCAGCGUGUCGGCACUGGUGCGCCGGUGUACAUGGCUGCCGUCCUCGAGUAUUUAGCUGCUGAGGUGUUGGAGUUGGCUGGAAAUGCGGCUAGGGAUAACAAGAAGAACAGGAUCAUCCCGAGGCACGUUCUGUUGGCUGUGAGGAACGAUGAGGAGCUGGGGAAGUUGUUGCAGGGUGUGACCAUUGCUCAUGGUGGUGUGCUUCCAAACAUCAACCCGGUGCUGUUGCCGAAGAAGACUGGCGGUGAAAAGCCCACCAAGGAGCAGAAGCCGGAAUGCUUUCUGCUUGCAGGACUCUCUUAUGAUACCAAUGAAACUGUGCUGAAGGAUGCGUUCGAGAACUAUGGUAAAAUAGUCGAAGUUAAGGUAAUAUGUGAUCGUGUGAGUGGAAAAUCAAGAGGUUAUGGAUUUGUGCGCUACUCUUCCGAAGCAGAAGCAAACAAAGCCUUGAAAGAAAUGGACGGCCAGUUGCUCGAUGGCAGGAAUAUCCGAAUUCACUAUGCUCACAGAGGGGGAAGCAAGGAACUCAGGUUCAUUUCUCCAUCUCAAGCUACCUCAAUAAAUUAUCAUUCAAGGGAAGGUCACUAUCCCCAUAUUGGAUGUCCCUAUGAUGAAAGAAAGAAGCAUCUUAUCAUGUGACUGAUCAGAAACGGA